AUGCCCUCUAUUGCCAUUCCGCAUAUCCGUCGUCGCUCGUCGGUCGCCAGUCCUGCCAGUGCUCGCUCAUCUCUCGAUGAGACCAAAAAUGGGUCCGCGAGCGGCGAUGAUGAGGUCGUCGAGCCCGAACAGGGAAGUGUCCUCUCGCACAUCAUUUCCCAGCUCCGACCGGGCGCAGACCUGAGCCGGGUCGUGCUGCCUACCUUCAUUCUCGAACCACGCUCCAUGUUGGAGCGAAUCACGAACUUCAUGGCCCAUCCGGAAACCCUAUUGCCCAUGCCUACUGUUGAUGACCCGCUCGAACGCUUCGUCUCGGUAGUCAAGUUCUAUCUAAGUGGAUGGCACAUCAAGCCUCCCGGCGUGAAGAAACCUUUGAACCCCAUCCUCGGAGAGACCUUUACCUGUUACUGGGAUUAUCCCGACGGAACCCGCGGAUACUAUGUCGCUGAGCAGACCUCCCAUCAUCCUCCCAAAUCGAGCUAUUUUUUCAUGGCCCCCGAACAUAACAUCCGGAUCGAUGGUACCCUGAAGCCCCGCAGUAAGUUCCUGGGUAACUCGGCGGCGAGUAUGAUGGAGGGCAUUGCGAUCCUGCGGUUUUUGAACCGCGGCGAGGAUAAAGAAAAGGGCGAACGAUACAUCCUAACACAACCGAAUAUGUACGCCCGGGGGAUUCUGUUCGGGAAGAUGAAAUAUGAGCUCGGUGACCACAGUUACGUGCGGUGUCCAGAGAAUCACCUCGUGGCCGACAUCGAAUUCAAGACCAAGGGUUAUUUCUCCGGCACCUACAACGCCAUUGGCGGAACUAUCAAGAACGAGAAGACGGGAGAGGUCUAUUACGAGCUCUCUGGUCUGUGGAAUAGAGAGAUGUACAUCAAAGACGUCCAGACGAACCAUAAAGAACUCCUUUUCGAUGCAACGCACGCAAAGCAUACUCCUCCAACCACCCGGCCCAUAGAGCAGCAGGGGGAACGCGAAUCACAACGCUUAUGGCAAAGCACUGCCAAGGCGGUUAUUGCGGUGAAUCACGAACUGGCCACCGAUGAGAAAACUAAGAUUGAAGAUCGCCAACGAGAAGAAGCCGCCAAACGAGCAGCAGAGGGCGUUGAAUGGCAUCCCAAGCUCUUCCACCGUGUACAUAUAGGACCGGGUGGCGUAGAUGAGGGCGAAGAGAGUUUAGAUUGGAUCAUCAAUGCGCAUGUCGAUUCACACGACCCCGAACUAGCCCACAAGCAGAUCCUAUCCAUUGCUCCGAUCAUAGAUGGUCAGACAGAGUCCUCCCAGUUUCACAUCCCGACCUAUAAGCCGACUGGCAAAGAAACAGCAUCCGGUCAGAAUGAUGAUUCUGUGGAGCGAAAAGACUCCCGCACAGCGGAUAUUGACGCAUAUGUAGACGCAGCAGAUGCACCCAAGCCAUGA